CGCACGGUGAUACGCCGAGCUGGAGGUACGCGGAUACGGUCCUGGACGCACGAUGCUGAUCGGUACGUCGGCCCAGGGUAACUCCCUCCUCGCUUCCCUCCCCAUCCCGGGGCGGCCUCUUCAGCCUCAGCUCGACCUCAAACACCUCCUGCCCUUCAGGCUCAAUGGAUCCUCCCCCCUCAGCCUCUUCCCUAACUUUAAUACGAUGGACCCUGUCCAGAAGGCAGUGAUCAACCACACGUUCGGUGUCCCUCAGCCCCUCAAGAAGAAACAGAUUAUCUCCUGCAACAUUUGCCACCUGCGCUUUAACUCGACGAACCAAGCGGAGGCCCACUACAAGGGCCACAAGCACGCCCGCAAACUCAAAGCCAUGGAGGCCCAGAAGAACAGGCAGCGGCGAUCUGGGGAGGCCUCGUCCGCCGGGAGGGAGAGAGACCGAGACAGAGACCGGGAGCGAGAGCGAGAAAGAAGCAAGACAACGGCGUCCGAAGCAGUUCUGCCUGCGCUCAUGGAGACGAGUUUAGUGGAAGUAACAGGUCUUCAAACUGAUCUAGAACCAGCCAACCUGGAGGUGAAGCUCGAGGAGAGUCCCAGGAGCUCAGUGAUGCUGACGCCAGUAUCAGAGAUCUCCUCUGUUGAGUUGGUCUCCCUUUCCCCUCCUCAGAUUUCACCUUCCUCACAGCUCUCUGAAACUGCCUCAGACAUCAGCGCCACAGAGGCCCCCGAGACCGCCGAGGCCGCCGAGGCCCCCGAAGCUGCAGAGGACGCAGAAGCCAGCGGCCUGACUGCCGAGUCAUGCAGCCAUGCCGACACGUCUAGCACAAACGGGGAGCCAAAUACAGAUGAGGACAAGGACCCAAAGAAAAGCAAGGCUCACCUCCAUUGUCCUGUUUGUAAAGUCACAGUCAACUCCAUCUCCCAGCUGGAAGCACAUAACAGCGGUACAAAGCACAAACUAAUGCUGGAAGGUCAGAGUGUUCUGCCCCGACGCCGGGGGAAAGUGGUGGCAGCUCGCGCCGGGUGCAAGAGCAAGCGGCUUGGAACCAAAGGCAGCGUCGGCGUGCCCAGCAAGAACUACCAGUGUGAAGUGUGUGAGAUCUUCGUGAACUCUGAGACCCAGCUGAGCCAGCACAUGAACAGCAGACGGCACAAGGAUCGGCUGGCCGGAAAACCACCCAAACCCAAAUUUACCCCCCACAGCAAGACCCAGCCAAGCUCCAGCUUAGCGAACAUGAGAUGGAGCGGCUAUGCAGGCCUGGCUGUGUCUGCCAUGAAGAAAGCGUUCAGCCAGUACAACCUCACCUCCCUCUCCUCCCUCUCCUCGCAGACCAAACUGGCCUUGCAGAAGCAGCUGACCAAGAGCUUGACAACUGGCUUCCUGCCCAACCCCCUCACCCAACCAACUCUGUGCACAAUGGCAACUAACCCACUGGCUCUGCGCCACCCUGUGGGCACCACUACCUUCAUCCAGAACCCCUUCCUGGGCCCUGCACUGUUUCGGCCUGCCCCGGGUCCGCUGCGUGCAACACACACGCCAAUCAUCUUCUCCCCCUACUAAAGACGUAACCCACCCUCCCACGUGAGCUCCUCCCUUGUCCCCUGUACCAAACCCCAGGCCCAACUUCAGUGUGACCCACAUGACAAAAGGUCACACGCAAACUAUGCAGCAAGCCGGACUUAAGAUGGAAACAGUGCACAAGUCCUGAAACUCAGUAGGCCCCAAGGCCUGAGAGCUGUUCCUAUCGUAAAGGCCAAGAUCCCCUAUCAUGCCUUCUUUCUGCUCCUCUUAUCUUGACCUACGGAGCAGGACAGGCCUCCAGACAGUGACUGGUACACAGAGGCCGCUUUUAUAGCCAUUUCAUGGGUCAACAUGGUUUGGAAUCUGGAUAUAAUUGUGUAAUUUAUUAGAGAUUAAAUAUAGACAACUCUAGAUGUAUGUUUAGUGUGGUUGCCACAAAAUACGGUCCCUUUACUUGAUGCUCUUUUAAACUGUUUUUAACUUAUUGGUUUUGGGGGUUUUAUGAAAAGCUGUGACUGGUGCCAGUCUCAUUGAUCUCUAUACUGUACGGUCACAUUGCAUCCUGGAUAUGGCCAUUACCAAACAACUGUCGGAAAACAAGUGCUCCCUGUCAAAGUUAGACUUCUAAAAGAACAAAUACGAGUCCUCUAUGUGGAAGUAUGUGGAUCUAUAACUACAUACUGUAUAGCCAUAUGCUAAAGCACCAUUGUGUACCUCCACUCCCCAAAAGUUUCCCUGAGCCCUUAAAAAACAUGUCAUCCCUUCAUUCUAUCUGAGUCACAGUCAUACAGUCAGAACCCUCCAGAUUUGUUUUCCUCCCCUGUAUCCGCAGGAUAAGCUCUCAUUAAGUUCCAGAUAAGGUCAGCUUGUCAACUUGACUUUGUUUCACUUUGCAAAUCUGUCCUCAGAAUGAUUCCAUAUUUUUUUUCGUUGGUCCAGUGCAUCAUCCACGCGAUGCAGCGUGAACAUUAUGUUCUCGCCAAGCUAUAGCAGCAUGAAAACCUUUUUUCUGCGGCUGUGGACGUCUGACAUCGCAGAACGCCAUCAUUUCUUUCCCCCUCAUGACCGCUCUGUGUCUUUGCCUUCCUCCUUCAACCCCGCUGUUGUCACCUCGCCACUGCCCUUUUCUCAGAAAUUAUCUCAGCUUGAGAUGAUUAGGAGCCCCCCCUCACACAGACACACACACACACACAUCAUAAAAACACAGCGGAUAACUUGAAGAGUUGAUGGGAUUAUUUCAGAGCUCGGGCGAAAAGUUUGUCUGACAGUGGGUGGGGAGGCUGCUCAGCCAGCAGGCCGCUUGAUUGACAUCCUGCUGCAGUGUCUGAAUGCGGCGUGGGUGGGAAAAAGAACAGUGCCAUGGCAACCACAUUAAAAGCACCUUAAAACUGAUUUACUUACAAAAGCAAUGACAUUUGUGUUGAUAUUCAGCUCUUUUAAUCUUCGUGUGUGUGAUUUUACGAUCCCAUGUCAAUUUCAGUGAGAGUUUUGCUCUGGAGAAGGAAAAAAAAAAAACAAUCAGGUGAGAAUGAUCACUUUGUGGUUCAUCCGUGACGAAGACAAGUCUCACAUUUUAAAGCAAUACAUUUGGUAUGUUUAUGUUUAUGAUGUGUUUUCAGUGUGUCAGUGGCUUUAUCUAUAUUAUACAGUACACACCUGUAAUAAUGUAUUAUGUACUCCAACGCAGCCAAGGGCCAACUGGUGAUCGUCAGCGACGAGUCAUCGGAAACGAUGGCUGGUCCUGGCGAUGCUGCCCUUGACGCUCGAUGCUCAUGGUCACCCUUCACAUGUUUUGACUCUGGGGCUGAGCCGUUCCAUUUAUAGCUGCUCUCCAGCCGCGUAGAGGGGGGGGUGCUUCAGCGCCACAUGACAUUGCUGUUUCACUUCUCGGCGAAGCGGGAGAACUUCAGUGGUGACUUCCACUGAAAAAAAGCAACGGUACGUCCGAAGUGUUUGGGAUGAGUGUCACAAGUGCAACAUCAACCGUCAUAUUGCUGUUCAUGCUGUCCUCAUCCUCCACCCCCCCACCCAGGCUGUCGACAAAACACUGAACACUCAACUUUUCUUUUUUUGCCAAAAUGGACUGUUGGCAAAGGCCUCCUAAGGACUCGGGGGCGCACGUGUCACCCUUCCCUGCGACGUGUAUACCAAAUCAUGUUCUCGUAAAAAAUACAGUAAUGGAGCAAAUCCUAUGCAUUUCUCAUUGUGCAAUAUGUAUAGUUGUCUGUGAUGCAGCAGUGCCAUCUGUCGUGAAAACCCAGUAAUUGCAAUCCAGUACUAGUGCUUCUACGAGACGUCAGAAACCCAUGUGUAUUUCUGUUCAAGGAUCCAAGAAGUCUUUCUGGGCAAGCAAAGCCUCCAGGUCUCUGCGCCAUACCGAUGUGAUUCUCCCCAGUCGCACUACUCAGUGAACCAGCCAGCCUUUAAUCUUCACUGUUUCUCUGUUUGUCUCUAUCGCUCAUUGGGAAACGCUGACCUAAAGAACUGAGACUUUUCUUAACGUAAAAGAAUCUAGAGGGGGCAAAUUAUAUGUAGAGUAUCAUAGAGUAACUAUAGAAAUUUUAUCAGAGUUGUUAUUGUUAUAUGUAUCACAAUGAACUGCUAUCAUAGAAGAGAGAAGAUUAUGUUAUUGUAGGCUCUGUGCGGCAUACAGGGAAAGGGAAAAUGCUUUGCUUACUUUUUGUUUGUUUGUUCAUUUACAUGAUUUUAUCAAUAUGUUUUUUUAAAGAACAAGAGAAAAUAUUUCAAACAACAUUUUGAGUGAGCUUUUUUUUUUCUUUUCUCCUCCUUGUUGGCGGUGUCUGAGUUGAUAAAGUUAUUCAAGGCCUUUUUAGACAAUAUCCUAAAGUCACGUUUGCCAGGCCUUCUCAGGGGUGACAGGUUGAGCAAAUGCUAAAAUGACCAUCCAUUCAGGGUAUCCCUCCAUAGCUCAAGAGAGCAGGAAACACUGUACACAUGGAUGGAUUGAUUUAAAAAAAUAAAAAAAGAAUAAACUUAAAAACUUACAGUGCUGUACAUGAGAGGACAAGGGGUGGAUUUUGGAAAAUAAAGCUUUUAGAACUUGUAAAAA